AUGGCCGACUUCAUCUACCUCGACAGCCCAAUUAUCGUGCGCUCCUUACCCCUUCAUUGCGUCCCAUCGGUGCUGGUCACCCAUCCGUCUAUAGACCGUGCUAAGCCAGUCAUGCCUCAGGUCUCCUCACAUCCUCCUCCCUAUUCUCGCGACAGACAAUCCUAUCCCCCGCCGCUGCCAGCCGAUGUAGACCAUCGCGCAUGGACAUUUCAACGUUCCUUUGAAAAUGCUCGCGAGAUCGUGAGAUGGUCUGUCCUGCAAACUUUCAAGGUUUGGGCAGACAACUGGGCGCUCGAAGGACAGGUCAUAUCGAGGAAUGAGUUACAGCAGGCUUACAAUCAGGCGCCAAAAGAACUAAAGCAAGCGGUUGACUGGCAGCUGAAAUGGGAUCGUCCUGUCAUCAUGACCUGUGACCAGAGUCACCGCUGGCACGAACAUGUCCAGUUCGAUGCCGCCUCUCCUGUCGUUCAGAAGGCAGUUCAACUCACUGUGUCAGCGUGGACCGCAUACAACGGACCAGCCCGUCUGGACCCUCCCCAACGUGAUCAUCUCGCUAGCGUGUACGAAAAUGCCGACUCCUCAUUGAAGCUCGCGUUAUGCUUCAUUUUGGAGAUGGGUAUUCCAGUUGGCAUUCUGAUGAUGCGAAGGAUCGAGGAAAGGAGAGCGAGUAUCUAUAAGAUGGUGGCUGACCACCGGGCACAGAUGGCCUACUGGAAUGAAUAUGGCCAGGCAGAAGGGCUAUGGUGA